GCACACAUACGGUUAGAAAGAGAAAGAGCGUCUUCCAAUCCAUUUUGCCAAUACAUGAUACAUGUGUCCGCAGCGGAUCAUCAUUUGCUGUUUGUAAUUGUAAUAAUAAAUCUAAAUCACCACAACACACAAACCCACUCUCACAUCAUCACCACCACCACCAUCACAUAAAAACAUAACAAGAACUUUCUCAAUUCUCUCUCACUCUUUCUCUCUCUCUUCACUCUCUUCCUCUCUCCUUGGAUCUUGAUCGGAACCCUUGGGUUUUGAUCCUCUACGUAUCUUUCUUCUCAGAUCUCGAAUUCCAUCUCCGAUCUGAAAAUGCCUGCCGUUUAUGGAGGAUCUCGUAUGACUACCUUCGAGGACUCCGAGAAGGAGAGUGAAUACGGUUACGUUCGCAAGGUAUCUGGACCUGUGGUGGUUGCAGAUGGAAUGAAUGGGGCUGCUAUGUAUGAACUCGUUCGUGUUGGUCAUGAUAAUCUCAUCGGUGAAAUUAUUCGAUUGGAAGGGGACUCUGCCACUAUUCAAGUUUAUGAGGAAACGGCUGGGUUAAUGGUUAAUGAUCCUGUGUUACGUACACACAAGCCUUUGUCCGUGGAGUUGGGACCUGGAAUUUUGGGAAACAUUUUUGAUGGAAUUCAGAGGCCUUUGAAAACUAUUGCAAAAAUAUCUGCUGAUGUCUAUAUUCCUCGUGGUGUCUCUGUUCCUGCACUUGACAAAGAUACACUCUGGGAAUUUAGUCCGAAGAAAAUUGGUGAAGGAGACCUAUUAACUGGUGGAGACUUAUAUGCUACUGUUUUCGAGAACAGUUUAAUGGAACACCGUGUUGCACUUCCUCCUGAUGCCAUGGGAAAGGUUACCUAUGUAGCACCGGCUGGCCAAUAUUCCCUGAAGGACACUGUGUUGGAACUUGAGUUUCAAGGUGUCAAAAAGAAGUUCACCAUGCUUCAGAGUUGGCCUGUACGUACACCAAGGCCUGUUGCAUCAAAACUUGCAGCUGAUACUCCUCUUCUUACUGGUCAGCGUGUUCUUGAUGCCCUUUUCCCCUCAGUACUUGGUGGGACUUGUGCCAUUCCUGGAGCUUUUGGUUGUGGCAAAACAGUCAUUAGUCAGGCUCUUUCUAAGUAUUCUAAUUCUGAUGCUGUUAUUUACGUUGGUUGUGGGGAACGUGGGAAUGAAAUGGCAGAGGUUCUGAUGGACUUUCCACAACUUACAAUGACAUUACCUGAUGGUCGUGAAGAAUCUGUCAUGAAGCGUACAACACUAGUAGCUAACACUUCAAACAUGCCGGUGGCUGCUCGUGAAGCUUCAAUUUAUACAGGAAUCACUUUAGCCGAGUAUUUUAGAGAUAUGGGUUACAAUGUCAGUAUGAUGGCAGAUUCAACAUCUCGAUGGGCAGAAGCAUUGCGUGAAAUCUCAGGAAGACUGGCGGAAAUGCCUGCAGAUAGUGGAUAUCCGGCUUACCUUGCUGCACGUUUAGCCUCUUUCUAUGAACGUGCCGGGAAAGUAAAAUGCCUUGGAGGUCCUGAACGGACAGGUAGUGUAACAAUUGUUGGUGCUGUUUCUCCACCUGGAGGAGAUUUCUCAGAUCCCGUGACAUCUGCAACCCUCAGCAUAGUUCAGGUUUUCUGGGGAUUGGACAAAAAGCUUGCUCAGAGGAAGCAUUUUCCUUCUGUGAACUGGCUUAUUUCUUAUUCAAAGUACUCAACGGCACUCGAAUCCUUUUAUGAGCAAUUUGAUCCAGAUUUUAUAAACAUCAGGACAAAGGCUCGUGAAGUUCUUCAAAGAGAAGAUGAUCUAAAUGAAAUUGUCCAGCUUGUGGGAAAGGAUGCUUUAGCUGAAGGAGAUAAGAUCACCUUGGAAACUGCAAAACUUUUGAGAGAGGAUUAUCUUGCUCAAAAUGCUUUUACGCCAUAUGACAAGUUCUGUCCCUUCUACAAAUCUGUCUGGAUGAUGCGCAACAUUAUUCAUUUCUUCAAUUUGGCAAAUCAGGCGGUAGAGAGGGGAGCUGGCACCGAUGGUCAGAAGAUAACUUACACCCUCAUCAAGCAUCGUUUGGGAGAUCUCUUCUAUCGUUUAGUGUCUCAGAAAUUUGAGGAUCCUGCUGAAGGGGAAGCCGCAUUGGUUGCCAAAUUUAAUCAGUUACAUGAGGACUUGACUAAUGGUUUCCGUAACCUUGAGGAUGAAGCCCGAUAAUUGAAGUGAUAAUUGAAGAUUGCGAGUUUGCUAAAUUAUUGUGUUAUUCCUGUAGUACGAGGCAAUCUAGUAUCCCGUGGGAGCAAUAUCCUGAGUGUUCUCAGAUUUGGCUGUUUGAUUCAUUCAUAUCACAUUUCUUUCCUUUCUUGGUGCUGGUUUGGCUUUUUGAUCUAGUUGUAGUAUGUGUAGCUAUAGUCAUGUCUUUCAGUCACCUCCUUUUUUUUCCCUCAAGAAUAAUAGACGAAACAUCAUCCCCUUUCAAUAUGUAUUUAUGCAAAUAAAUUUGUUUACAACAUGAAGUGCCUGCGGGCAUGUGGAUUCUGGAUUCAUUGAUGGAAAUUUUGGGGACAUGAAUAGACUGAACCAUGUGGCAGUGAGUAUUUGAAUUUGAAAGAUGUUACAUGCCAUGCUUUCCCAGAGACAAUAAAACUUAGAAGCCUUAAUAUUUAAAAGGGCAUUUUAUAUUUUCAA